AUCUGAAAUAUUCUUGUGAAACUAAUCCUUCUGUGCAGCAGGAGCAAUCAGACUCCCUUCCAACUGAAAAAGCCAAAGACAGCCAAAAAUCAGAAGAUAAUAAAUGCGAUUUACCUGAACAAAUAAGUUUUCGAGAAACUGUUGAAACCCCAAAUGGGACACAAGGAUCUGAGGUUAUCAAAAAGAGAAGGAGACGCUCUACAAAACUUGAGAUUAGAUCAAAACUCAUCAGAGUUAAAAACCAAAUCCUAAAGAGAGGGAUUUCAGCUUUCCAUCGCUCACAGAAGCAAGCAAGAGGAAAUUUGUCGGGUAAUAGUAACAGAAGAUCUCAAUACAUUGGAGUUUCUAAAAACAAUGCUCACUGGCAGGCUCUAAUCAAUAUUGGGAGGACCAAGAAAUAUAUUGAUAUCUUCCUUUCUGAGCAGGAGGCUGCCAGGACCUACGACUUGUACGCAAUUGCCCUCAAAGGAGUUAAGGCCGGCCUCAAUUUCGAUUACACAGUCGAGGAAAUGAUAGCAAUGAUCGACCAUUAUCUCAAUCACCGAAAAAUAGAGCCCAUUCUUCAAGAUGGAGCUGAAGAGAAAUACUCUCCAUUUGGGUUCUUCUCUGUAACAAAUAUUUUCUUUUUAAGCCUCUCAGAAGUCCAUGCCAACAGGGGGAAAAUUAAACACAAAAAGCACCUCAUUAUCAUGCACAUAAAACUCUGUUGAAAGAUAACUAGUUUUGAAUAUUUUUAUCCUCAAUUUCCGCUUCAAAUUACAUAA